AUGUUUGUUUUUGGCGGAAUGCUCGUCAAGGCCACAUGGGUUCACAAUCUGCAGCCUCGCAUAGACGACCUGCAGACAUUUGCCCUACCUCGCCAUAUCAUGGAGAACACAAUCCCCACGAGGACAGCUGGGUGUGGACCAAUCGAGGGGUCGGCGGGACUGGAGCUUGCUGCGUUAGUUUCCCAAAUCGAAUCCCAUGACGAGCCUCAACACUCCACACAUGUUGGCGACGACGUGUCUGCGGCGCAAGCGCCUGGCUACGAUUCUCCCGAGCUCCCGAUCGAGAUAUGGGAGCAGGUGUUCGACGCAUUGGCCCUCGACACACGCGAGCUGCAUUACAAGGCAGUCGUGAAGAUGUGGUUGUCGUGCAUGCUGGUUUGCCGGACGUGGGCUGCAUCGAGAUGCCGCCUGUAUCGAGCGUUUGACGCUAUCACUCUUGGUAAGAAGAAACAGGUUGCCAAGCUCGCGAAGAUCAUACGGCAAAAGGAGUUCGUCGGUGGGGUUGUACGCACUGUGGUGCUCCAUCGAGCCCGCCUCCUGGGUCUUUUUGCGACCAUGGUGGCGCAGAAGCUCCCGAAGGUGCAAAAGCUAGAAGUUCACGGGGCAUGGCCUGCAGAGUCACUGCAUGCGGAUGCGACAAACGUUUUCCUUCCUCUCGCAGCGUUCACCUCCAUCACGUACCUCACACUCGGACAUAUGGAAUUUCCGUCUGCGCUGGUCUUUGGACGCCUCGCGUGCUCCCUCCCGAACCUCUCUCACCUGGAAUGUACUAAGGUCCACUUUGCUAGUCGUCACUAUGUGCCGAAUCAGUUACACAUCCGGCGGAAGUCGAUUUCGCACCUUGCAGUCUACGGAGAUGGAGGUGAUGUUAUGACUUUCUUUGCGGAGAGUACAUUGGCUACGAACCUCAGACAUGUUAUUCUCUCUUGGCCGUCUUUUGGCGAUCUGCAGCGGAUGCUAGAGUGUUCUGGUGCAUCGCUUUCCUCUCUAGAUGUCUCGUUUGGCUUCUAUGUCCAAAGCGACGCAGAGGUGCUCGAGACCGCACUCAGUCUCCGCAACAACACCAGUCUCGAAUCUCUCUCACUCAACCUCUUCCUGAACAAUGCUGAUACUUUGGAGUAUGGCUGGUUGUAUGCGGUCUUAUCAACGAUCUCCACGAAGACCCUCUCUCGAGUUUCUAUAUUACUCACGAAUUGGACGAUGGGGGCCGUGGCGGACGGUUUGGAUGUGGCAUUGCAUUCGCCCGUUCUUGAUCCAGUUCUCUGCUCACGGGUUGACCAGCUCAUGUGUGGAUCCCAGUUUUCGAAUCUCGCGACGUUCACAAUUCUGUGCAAGGUGCCGUCCAGCCUUGGCAACGGCGUCGACGAGGAAACCCGGCGAUGUUGGCAAGAGCGAGUAUCGCUCCGCUUUCCGCGUUUGGCCGAACGAGCGAUGUUGUGUGUUCAGAUCGAAUCGCUGUAA